CUUGCGAUUUCAAAACAAUAGUUAUUUCGAUAAUUUUCAAUUUAGAUAGUCAUAGCAGGUAAAUUAACUGAUAAUGAUGUCGAUUCUGGCAUGAUUCUCUAAAGCUAAACUUAAAUUUGACAACAGUGCAUCCUUGUCCUUCUCUAUACAGAAUGAAAAGGUGAGACUGACCUUAAAUUUAGUUUUAAGUUUAGAGAAUCACGCCAGAAUUGACACCAUUAUUGUGUUCAAAUUUAGUCUACGAAAUAUCAAUAUUUUGGAAUUUCCGAUAUCGAUAUUAUCGAUAUCAGUGAAUUUUAAAUAUCGAUAUAAAUAUCGAUAUUUUGGUCUCGAUAUUAUCGAUAUAGCAGAGUGCCGAUACAAGUACUUCUUCACGAUACUACUUGUAACUCAGUUCUAAAGUAUCGAUGACAAGUACUUGGUAUCGAUAGAAAAGUAUCGAGUUAUUACUCGUAUUAACUCGUAUCGUUUCAUCCCUACGCGUGAUUUACAAGAAAAUAAUUAAAAUCGGAGAAUCGGAGCUGGUAGUUGAACACUGUUUAGCUCAAAGAUUAUUUAAAAUUGUCACUUUUUUGUGUUGCACCUUGCAGUCUCAUUAUAUCAAUACGUUUACAAACAAGAAUAAUAUUAUUAUAUUAUAAUAUUCAGCUGUUUCGUAAAAGAAGAUACAAGAUGGCAUGGUCCCAGUACCAAAAAUUUCUAACUUUGAUGUUGGUUGCAACUGGGUCAAUCAACAGUCUUUGCACAAAAUGGGCUGAUACUAUUGAGGCAAAAGGUUCAGAUGGAGAAACAAGAAAAUUUGAUCAUCCAUUCUUGCAGGCAUGUGCGAUGUUCCUUGGUGAAAUGCUAUGCUUGUUGACAUUCAAGAUAUUCUGGCGUUUACGAAGAGACACUGGCCAUCAACUCAUAAAUGGCAAUCAGAACUUUAAUCCUUUUAUACUUCUUCCAGCUGCAAUGUUCGAUCUGAUCGGCACGUCGAUAAUGUACAUUGGUCUGACUUUGACCUAUGUGAGCAGCUUCCAAAUGUUCCGGGGUUCCAUCAUAAUCUUCGUCGCGGUGCUCUCCGUGACGUAUCUCAAUCGAAACAUAAUGAAGCGAGAAUGGGCUGGCAUAUUCGUGGUGAUAUGCGGGCUUCUCAUAGUCGGAGGGACGGAUGCUAUGUACCAGACAAAGGGAGAGUCCAAGGGGCGCAACAGCCUUAUUACCGGCGACCUGCUCAUCAUUGUGGCACAAGUCGUCUCCGCCUGCCAAAUGGUGUACGAAGAGAAAUACGUUGCAGGAUUGAACAUCCCGCCGCUACAAGCCGUGGGGUGGGAGGGAGUGUUCGGGUUCUCUGUAUUGUCGUGCCUCCUGGUGGUAUUCUACUGGAUCCCCGCGCCUCCGCACUUCGGCAACAACGCGCGGGGCACUAUCGAGGACGCCAUCGAUGGACUGGUGCAGAUCGGAAACAGUUCUAUUUUGAUCAUCGCCUUUGUGGGUACUAUCAUAUCGAUAGCGUUUUUCAACUUUGCCGGCAUUAGCGUUACCAAAGAAAUGUCAGCUACCACCAGGAUGGUCCUAGAUUCAGUAAGGACUUUCGUAGUGUGGAUGGUAUCACUGGCGGUCCGCUGGCAGUCCUUCCACUGGCAACAUCUGAUCGGUUUCGGAGUUCUGAUCUUGGGAAUGGCGCAGUACAAUGGUCUGUUGCCGAAGAUCGGCUGCAGGCAACCGCCGCAAGAGGAACCGGAUAGUGAGGUCGUCAACACGGAAGCGGAAGCACCCUAGACCACAUCUUUCGUCGUACCCGGACUGAUUUGUAGUCAAAACAGAAGCGGAAGCGCCCUAGACCACAUCUUUCGCCGUUCCCGGACUGAUAUGUACGUAUUAUUAAGUGUCAAAACAAUCAAUGUGAAUUUAGAUAUUUAAGUGUAAAUUAUUCACACUUUAGUAAAAAAAAAAACAGUUUCUUUACAUAAGUACCUAAGAAGGCUGUCAUUCGUUAAGUCAGAUAUGCUGAUAUUAUUGAAGUUUAUGAAAUUUGUAAAAAUAAUGUGAAUACUGAGGCCGAAGCACGAAUUUUGACAGCUCCGUAAUCUUAUCGUCAUCGUCAAAUUUUGUAUGGAAAAAGCUAGUCUGUUCUUAAAUCUGAUAGGGUUUAGUUUUCUUUGAAACAUUGACGUAGCGAUACGAUUACGGAGCUGCUAACAUUCGCUUCGAUUCACGAGAGAAUAAAAAGAAGUGGCUUUAUUUCUUCGUAUCUGCAUUAUCUUAAUUAUUUGGCACUCCGUAACUUGGGGUUGAAUAGAAUUGUGGGUGUCUUUAAAAAUAUACAGCCACAGAAAUUCCACUUAAAUAUGUAUUAUGAAAGAAGUUUGUAACAUGAUUAGAGCAAAACUACACAACGCUUGGUGUUAUAUAACUAUGUUAUAUCAGUUAUAAAACUUAAUGGGUCGUUUUUUGCUAAGUUUGAGUAAGAACGAAACCGUUUUGUUGAGAGUGCUAAAAAAUGGUUGCUAAAAACACUAUUUCGUUGUGAGCCUCAAUGGUUAACUUAACAAAAUUAAUUUAUUCCAAAACGCAAACAUAUUUGGAAGCGCAAAGCUACACAACUUUGUUUUAGCUCUGUGGUGCAUUUGCACGUAUUUACGUAUCUAAAAAAAUAUUAAAUUUCUUAUCAAUUAACUAUGAAAAUUGUAAAUAUAAGCAAAAGAUUUUUAAAUUUAUUUUAAACUUUAUCCUUAAAUCUGCUCAAAAUUGAUAUUGUAUCAGAUAAUGUUGUUUAAUUUUAAGAUGCAAUUAAGUUUGCAAAUUAUAAAUAAUGAUGUACCUAUUAUUAUUAUCUAAUAUUUGUAGUACUUUAUAUUUAUAUUUCAAAGUUUAAAAAUCAUUAGUUGUCGCAUAUUUGGUAAACAUCGAGCCUGUUUAAUAUAAAAGGAUCAAUAUAAUAUUAUAAACCAUUAAUGUAUAUAAAUUGAAAACUUCGAUAAAGUAAAAUAUUAUUAAAUAUUAAUUAAAAUAAUGGUAAUAGCUGAAUAACUAUUAAUUCCAGAUCUGUCGGCUUUAUAAGCUCACAGUGAAACAAGCAGCUGUUUACAUUUUCAAACAUUAAUAAGACAAACAAAGGCACUUGCUUUUGAACUUUGGCAAAUAGCCUGAAUGGCGGACAUAGUCUAAACCCAAUUCAAUUUUUUGUAUGCAAGUUUUUUGCCGCACGACUAGGAAAAUCUAAAGGCAUCCUAGAUCUGAAUUCUGCAGCGACUAAAAUGUCAUACGGCCCAUUAAUCCCAUUAAUUAAUAUAAUAUAUUGUAUAAUUCCAAGUUAGCGACGUCCAAUGUGUUAUAUAAGUAAUUCUCAUACUUACUAUUUAUAAAAAAAACAGACUUGAAAAUUGUGAUUAUAGAAAACUGUUAAAUCUUAAUAAAUAAAGUAUAGUAUAUAAUUCCAAGUUAGCGACAUUCAAUGUGUUAUAUAAUUAAUUCUCAUACUAACACUUAAUAUAAAAAAAACAGAUUUGAAAAUUGUUAUUAUAGUAAACUGUGAAAUCU